AUGGCAGACAUUGUAACUGGAAUUAUCAUUUGUCUCAUAGCAGUGCAGGCUAUCCAAAUUGAUGGGAAUGGAAACCUAACCACAAACAAUACACAAUCUGAAGUCUUUCCAAAAUCUUUCAAGGGCAAGCCUUAUCAACACAAUCUUACAAAGCAGCGGUCAGCCUUUAUCCAUCCUAGUGGAGAUCCGUGGCUGGACUUGGACCUGGACGAUGCUGCCACAGCCUACACCACAGGGGUUUUAAGCACCUGGAUCCUUCCUUUAUCCUACAUCUUGGCCAUGAUUGUUGGUAUCCCCACUAAUGCCUAUAUUCUGGCCUUCCUCAGAUUGAGACUCCGAGAAAAGUCCUUGUCCACAGUUGUGCUUUAUUUAAACCUGGCCUUGUCGGACCUGCUGCUCCUGCUUUCCCUGGCAUUGCGUGUUCACUACCAUUUCAGUGGAAACAACUGGGUGUUUGGGGAACUCUCCUGCCGGCUGAUGACCGCCUUGUUUUACGGCAACGUCUAUUGCUCAGCACAGACUAUAGCAUGUAUUAGCCUGAAGCGCUACCUGGCAGUGGUUAAGCCUUUCUUAUAUAGAAGGCUGGCCAAGACGACAGUAGUGUUAUGGGCAUGCUUCACUGUUUGGUUCUUAUUUGGGGCGGCUAUUGUACCAGAGCUGCUAGUCAGGCAAAGCUAUUGGCUUGCUCAGCUGGGGGUCACCACUUGUCAUGAUGUGCUACCCCUUGAAGAGAAAUCCCAUUCACUGUUGGUGCCAUACAGAUUAAUGCUGGUUUGUCUGGGCUUCGUAGUGCCAUUUAUGAUUUCCAUCUAUGCACAUGUGUCAGUGGUGCACCAUCUUGGACAAUCAGGAUGUAACUGGAAACCUUUUAUAAAGAUCAGUACUUUGGUUUUCGUCAUCUUUGUGGUGUGUUUUUUGCCUAGCGGGAUCCUGCAUCUUGCACACUACGCCCGCCUCGUUUCCAAUGGGGAUGACAAACUGUACGGAUACUACAGAUUUGCUGUGUGUCUUUGCUGCUUCCACAGUUGUUUGGAUCCUUUCCUGUGUUUGCUUAUUUCCAAAUCGGCUGCAUCAGAGAUACAAUUCAUCUCCGUCCGCAGAAUCCCAUAG